UCCAGAACGCAUAGCGUGGGACAGUCACUCAUUUAGCAGUUUCUCCAUGCACUCUCAGCACAGACAGACCGUUGGAUAUACUACGGUGCGCGCACACACAAACACACACACACACACUCUAGUCUACACACAUUCCACACACACACUUGCAGACGCUCGUGUUACGCGGACUCCACUAGAUUCAGUAGCAGCUGGCGCUGCGAACUCAAGUCAACAAGAGGAAACAUCCACGAGUCGUGACAUCCUCGGAGUCGGCUCCGUUUACACAUCCGUACUCCACUCGCAUACUCAGACAGACAAGGACACUGUCGGGACAGCUUCAGUUUUAGUGUCUACCUUUGCCAACUUUCUACAAACCAAGAAGAAUUGAAACAAAGAUUUUGAUAGUAUUUUUCAGUGCGUGUUGGAGCGCCUAUAUCUUAUCUCUGUGGCAUGUUGUAGCGCACCGCCAGAGGAAGACAGCGACCAUACACGAUGCUGGCUGGUCCCUAGGUCAAGUUCAGUCUGACUCCCACCCCUCACCUUUGACCCCUCACCUCGGAUGGAAGAACGCACCCAUUCCUUUAGGAGGUUGAAGUUGAUGAGUUCCCCCAGCCUCAGUGACCUGGGGAAGAGUGACAAGGCAGCCUUGGAGGAGAGAGGGACACAGCAGAGAAAAGCUGGGGCUAACGCCACCUGGAAUAGCAUCCACAAUGCGGUGAUAGCUGUGUUCCAGAGGAAAGACCUGGGAGAGAAUGACCUCUACAUACUCAAUGAGGGAGUCAGGCAACUACUGAAGACGGAGCUGGGCUCUUUCUUCACUGAAUACCUCCAGAAUCAGCUACUGACAAAGGGAAUGGUGAUACUGAGGGACAAAAUGCGGUUCUAUGAAGGUCAGAAGCUAUUGGACUCCUUGGCAGAGACGUGGGACUUCUUCUUCUGUGAUGUUCUGUCCAUGCUUCAGGCUAUCUUCUACCCAGUACAGGGUAAGGAGCCGUCGGUGCGUCAGCUGGCCCUGCUUCACUUCAGAAGCAUCAUCACUCUGAACAUCAAGCUGGAGGACGCCCUGUCCCGCCCCCGCGCCCGUGUCCCCCCCUCUAUCAUACAGAUGUUGCUUAUACUGCAGGGUGUCCAUGAGUCUAAAGGAGUGACUGAGGACUACCUGCGUCUGGAAGCAUUGGUUCAGAAGGUGGUGUCUCCCUACCUGGGAACCCACGGCCUCUACUCCAACGACGGAUCCUCAAUGCAAUACUCCUCCUGCGUACUGGAAAAGCGUCUGCAGCGGCGGUGGCCCAAGUCAGGCGACGCCCCCGCAAAGAACCUGGUGAUGCACUCCAAGUCCUACAACGUGCCCAUGUUGACGCCUGUGGUGGAGUACGAUACCGAGACAGGCUCCGUGAGCAGCAUGGGCAUCCGCCGCCAUUCCGUCUGCGAGAUGACUUCCUGUCUGGAAGAAGGCGCCAUCAACGACAUCAGCACCACUUCCUCCCUGGCCUCCGCGGCCCAGUCGGGCCUCUCCUCCCUGGAGCAGGAGCACAGCCUGACAGGCGUUGUUUGUGGUGGUGGAAGUCUGGAUCUCUGUGGGUCUGUGGGGUCUGAGUCUUUGGAGUCCCACCUCCAGCCCUCCAUCUUUCAGGACUCCCACUCCCCAGGACCCUUCCUCCACGGCGGGGGGGAGUCGACAGUGUCCCCCUCUGUUCUGUGUCAGGUCCACUCUGGUUCGGAGACGGGCUCGGUCCCCAGCUGUUCCUCCAGCCCGGAGACAGUGGUAGAUCAGAUACUGGACUCUAUGGACUCUGACCCUGAUGGCAUCUUCCUAGACUUCUCCCACCACAGCUGCUCAGACUCUUCCUCCUCUGGUUACAGCAGGGAGAGUGGUAGACAGAGUGUGGUGUAAUUUGGGGUUUCUGGGAACUUUUCCCUAAUCCCAGUUGGAUAAUCUUAGAUUGCCUGUUUAUUCACUACUGAUUUCUGGAAAAUCUGUGACUAGUGAGAAAGUGUCUGGAGAUUUGCAGCUGUAUGUCUGAUGGAUCUCAAGAGAAUAUCACACCUACUGGCGCCAGCGGUACUCCACUCACACCGUCGUCUCUAAAAACACACCGCUCUUUCUCGGGUCUAUUUUUCACGGAAUAUUUCUACAGUAAACUCCCUUUUAUUAUUUUUUUUUUUUUUUGUGCUUGAUUUUCACUUCUAGUUCUUCGUUUUGAGGAUAAACUGUACUUAUUUGUAUUUUUUUGUGUUUGUAUUACUGACUGACAACUUUGAAUCAGUCUGAGGUGCCUCUUCAAGUCUUGUGAAAGGCCCAGUGGAAAGGAAACCGUUUGAGGUGCCUCUUCAAGUCUUGUGAAAGGCCCAGUGGAAAGGAAACAGUCUGAGGUGCCUCUUCAAGUCUUGUGAAAGGCCCAGUGGAAAGGAAACAGUUUGAGGUGCCUCUUCAAGUCUUGUGAAAGGCCCAGUGGAAAGGAAACAGUCUGAGGUGCCUCUUCAAGUCUUGUGAAAGGCCCAGUGGAAAGGAAACAGUUUGAGGUGCCUCUUCAAGUCUUGUGAAAGGCCCAGUGGAAAGGAAACAGUCUGAGGUGCCUCUUCAAGUCUUGUGAAAGGCCCAGUGGAAAGGAAACAGUCUGAGGUGCCUCUUCAAGUCUUGUGAAAGGCCCAGUGGAAAGGAAACAGUUUGAGGUGUCUCUUCAAGUCUUGUGAAAGGCCCAGUGGAAAGGAAACAGUUUGAGGUGUCUCUUCAAGUCUUGUGAAAGGCCCAGUGGAAAGGAAACAGCCUGAGGUGCCUCUUCAAGUCUUGUGAAAGGCCCAGUGGAAAGGAAACAGUUUGAGGUGCCUCUUCAAGUCUUGUGAAAGGCCCAGUGGAAAGGAAACAGCCUGAGGUGCCUCUUCAAGUCUUGUGAGAGGCCCAGUGGAAAGGAAACAGUUUGAGGUGUCUCUGUGAAAGGCCCAGUGGAAAGGAAACAGUUUGAGGUCUCUGUGAAAGACCCAGUGGAAAGGAGAGAUCAAUCAGACCUAGCUGGGCUCUCUGGGAUGACCCCCACCUGGUUCACCAGAGGUCAUGAGUUCAUUGCUUUCUCAACAUGUCUCUUGUUCAAGAGGCAGUGCUGGGGUGAGGAGAUAAGAUAGUGUUCACAUGUCUUAAUUUUAAGCAGUAGGUGUCAUGUAGACCUGGGUGAUAUUUCUGCCACAGUGAUCUGUGGCUGGGCCUUUGUUUCUGCUUCAACAAUGCCCCCAUGUGGACGGGAUGUGCAAGUGUCUGCUGCGCCAGAGUCAAAUCUUAAUGUCAAAUACACAAAGAGAUGUGUUUUUGGAACGUGAAGGAGCUGAUGGCUCAGUGGUAAGGAUCUCACCCCAUAAGCAUGGGGUUGUAGGUAUGAUUCCUGACAAAGCCUGGAGGACUGUGACAAUUGCUGGGCGUUUCCCCUCCUGUGAACAGCAGAAGUUACGGAGGAAAACCAAUGGAAAAAGUAGACCUGUAGGUUUUUGAAAACUAAGGGUUGUCUACGUAUGACCCUCAACACAUCCUGAUCCAGAGCUGUGACUGGGGUUUGAACCUACAACCCUGAACAUACGGGGUGAGAUCUUUACACCAGAGCCACAGACUCCUUCACACCUCUAACUGUUUUCUUUGUCAUUUUCACAUUGAGAAUUGCUGAAAUUUCCACCAAAUCAAACCCAAGAUUUGAACCCAUAACCUCUGUGUUUGACGGCAGGAAUUGAACCUCAAAGACUCUCACACUUCUAGCUCUUCUUACUAGGAUCCAAAUAGUUAAACACAUGCCUUCUCUCAACUAAUGAUUUAGUAUGAUCGUUUGUAUUCUAAAUGAACUUGUAUGACACAGCCAUGACCAACUUCUGGAGUUGGUUUUAUGAUUUUCUAAACAAUGACACUUUCAAAUGUAUUAAUUAUCGUAGCACUUGAUAGACAAGUCAUUCUGAUUUGAUCUCAUGAUUAUGUCAAACUGAACCUCAACUCAAACUUGACAUUUAAUGCAGAAUUUUUGUUGGUCUGUUCAAGAUUAUGGGCUUGAUUCAAUCCGUUGCGCUGAAGAGCUGCUGUGUAGCGUGAUUUACAUUGUCACCUGACCCCCUUUACGUUACAACUUUAUUCUAAAAUGUAUAAAAAAAAUGUAAUCCCUCAUCAAUUUACAUGCAAUACCCCAUAAUGACAAAGCAAAAACCAUUAAAAAAAAGUUUUGCAAAUUUAUUACAAAUAAAAAAUGAAAUAUGACAUUUACAAAAGUAUUCAGACCCUUUACUCAGUACUUUGUUGAAGCACCUUUGGCAGCGAUUACAGCAUUGAGUCUUCUUGGGUAUGACGAUACAAGCUUGGUACACCUGUAUUUGGGGAGUUUCUCCCAUUCUUCUCUGCUUAAGAGGACCUGCAAUGCCAGAGAUGUUUUAUUUUAUUGAACCUUUAUUUAACCAGGAAAAGCCCAUUGAGACCCAGAGUCUCUUUUUCAAGGGAAAGAAGGCAGCAACAAUCAAUACAUUACAGAAUUAAAACAUACAACAACAUGAUCCAGCCUAAAAAAAGCAUUUACACUCCUCCGUAACAGUCUCCCAUCAAUAUUUUUUAAUUCAUUCAGUGGCACUAACAUAUCUAGAUGAAGCAUGGAUUGUAGAUUAUUCCAUGAUGUUCAAGUCCGGGCUCUGACUGGGUCACACAAGGACAUUCAGAGACUUGUCCCGAAGCCACUACUGCGUUGUCUUGGCAGUGUGCUUAGGGUCGUUGUCCUGAUGGAAGGUGAACCGUUCACCCCAGUCUGAGGUCCUGAGCGCUCUGGAGCAGGUUUUCAUCAAGGAUCUCUCUGUACUUUGCUCUGUUCAUCUUUCCCUUGAUCCUGACUAGUCUCCCAGUCUCUGCCGCUGAAAAACAUCCCCACAGCAUGAUGCUGCCACCACCAGGCUUCACCGUAGGGAUGGUGCCAGGUUUCACCGUAGGGAUGGUGCCAGGUAUCACCGUAGGGAUGGUGCCAGGUUUCCUACAUUUACAUUACAUUUAAGUCAUUUAGCAGACGCUCUUAUCCAGAGCGACUUACAAGUACAUACAUUCAUACUUUUUUUUUUUGUACUGGCCCCCUCGUGGGAAUCGAACCCACAACCCUGGCGUUGCAAGCGCCUUGCUCUACCAACUGAGCUACACGGGACUUCCUCCAGGCGUGACACUUGGCAUUCAGGCCAGAGUUCAAUCUUGGUUUCAUCAGACCAGAGAAUCUUGUUUCUCAUGGUCUUUAGGUGCCCUUUUGAAAUAUUUACGACUAACGUCUUGUUUCUCAUGGUCUGGGUCCUUUUGGCAAACUCCAAGCGGGCUGUCAUGGGUCUUUAUACUGAGGAGUGGCUUCCAUCUGGCCACUCUACCAUAAAGGCCUGAUUGGUGGAGAGCUGUAGAGAUGGUUGUCCUUCUAGAAAGUUUCUCAUCUCCACAGAGGAACUCACCUCCUGACCAAGGUCCUUCUCCCUCGAUUGCUCAGUUUGGCCGGGCGGCCAGCUCUAGGAAGAGUCUUGGUGGUUCCAAACUUCUUCCAUUUAAGAAUGAUGGAGGCCACUGUGUUCUUGGGGACCUUAAAUGCUGCAGACAUUUUUUGUUACCCUUCCCCAGAUCUCGACACAAUCCUGUCUCUGAGCUCUACGGACAAUUCCUUCAACCUCAUGGCUUGGUUUUUGCUCUGACAUGCACUGUCAACUGUGGGACCUUAUAUAGACAGGUGUGUACCUUUCCAAAUCAUGUCCAAUCAAUUGAAUUUACCACAGUUGGACUCCAAUCAAGUUGUAGAAACAUCAAGGAUGAUCAAUGGAAACAGGAUGCACCUGAGCUCAAUUUUGAGUCUCAUAGCAAAGGGUCUGAAUACUUAUGUAAAUAAUUGUAUAAAUUAGCACCCCAAAAAACCUUUUUCUUUGUCAUUAUGGUUUAUUGUGUGUAGAUUGCUGAGGAAUUGUUUUUAUUUAAUCCAUUUUAGAAUAAGACUGUAACGUAACAAAAUGUAGAAAAAGUCAAGGGGUCUGAAUACUUUCCGAAGGCACUGUAUGCAGACUGCAAACAUUCUUUAAAUGUCAAUCGUGCUAUACAGGGGAUCUUCAGCACUAUGGGUUGAACAUAGCCCUAACAUGCCCUAACAGCAAGUAUCACACUUGAUUUUUAUUAAGAUUAAUAACUUUCUACAGCUCUUUUCUUUUUGUUCCCAUUGGUUCUGUUCAGGCUGAUGUGUAUCCAGACAGACAUUGGUUCUGUUCAGGUUGAUGUGUAUCCAGAUAGACAUUGGUUCUGUUCAGGCUGAUGUGUACCCAGAUAGACAUUGGUCCUGUUCAGGCUGGUUGCUGAUGUGUAUCCAGACAGACAUUGGUUCUGUUCAGGCUGAUGUGUAUCCAGAUAGACAUUGGUCCUGUUCAGGGUGAUGUGUAUCCAGACAGACAUUGGUCCUGUUCAGGGUGAUGUGUUCAGACAGACAUUGGUUCUGUUCAGGGUGAUGUGUAUCCAGACAGACAUUGGUCCUGUUCAGGGUGAUGUGUUCAGAUAGACAUUGGUCCUGUUCAGGGUGAUGUGUAUCCAGACAGACAUUGGUCCUGUUCAGGGUGAUGUGUAUCCAGACAGACAUUGGUUCUGUUCAGGGUGAUGUGUAUCCAGAUAGACAUUGGUUCUGUUCAGGGUGAUGUGUAUCCAGACAGACAUUGGUCCUGUUCAGGGUGAUGUGUAUCCAGACAGACAUUGGUUCUGUUCAGGCUGAUGUGUAUCCAGACAGACAUUGGUCCUGUUCAGGCUGAUGUGUAUCCAGACAGACAUUGGUUCUGUUCAGGGUGAUGUGUAUCCAGACAGACAUUGGUUCUGUUCAGGCUGAUGUGUAUCCAGACAGACAUUGGUCCUGUUCAGGCUGGUUGCUGAUGUGUAUCCAGACAGACAUUGGUCCUGUUCAGGCUGAUGUGUGUCCAGACAGACAUUGGUUCUGUUCAGGCUGGUUGCUGAUGUGUGUCCAGACAGACAUUGGUUCUGUUCAGGCUGAUGUGUAUCCAGACAGACAUUGGUCCUGUUCAGGCUGGUUGCUGAUGUGUAUCCAGACAGACAUUGGUCCUGUUCAGGCUGAUGUGUGUCCAGACAGACAUUGGUCCUGUUCAGGCUGGUUGCUGAUGUGUGUCCAGACAGACAUUGGUCCUGUUCAGGCUGGUUGCUGAUGUGUGUCCAGACAGACAUUGGUCCUGUUCAGGCUGGUUGCUGAUGUGUGUCCAGACAGAUAUUAUGGUUAACAUUAUUUACAUGUCAGUUUAUAUCAAUGAUGAUUCCCAUCAAGAGAUACGAUCGCUUGAUUUGAUCCGAGUGUCUCCACAAGGGGUGGUUUGUAUGAAGAAAUGUAAUGUAUAUGAAAUAUGUUUUAAGUGAAGAAAGUGAUUGGCAAGGAAUUAAUUAUGAUCUGCAUCCUAAGAUGGCACCAUAUUCCCUACAUAGUGCACUUCUUUUGAACAGGACCCAUAGGGGUCUGGUCAAAAGUAGUGCACUAUAUAGGGAAUAGGUAUUGGUACACAGCCAUGAAGGAAUCUAAACUGUUGUUUUGCUCAUAUGAUGUACAGAGGAAGAAACUGAAAGUUGAGUCUGAGUGACACAACAAAGUCCAUUUUUAUUUUCCUUAUAAACACCUAGAACUGAUGAAACA